UUUUAGUACUAUGAGGGUGGACUAAGGCACAAGUGUAACUACAUACAUCCACACCAAUUACAUCAUUAACCAUUUUUUUGUUAUAUAUACCCAGAAUGUUUUAAUCUGAGAUACAGCGGGUGACUCAGAGCAGGAACGAGUUUGAGGCCAAGUGGAAGAGUGCAAAGAAAACUAUAAAGGAAAAGGAACUUGAAAUUCAAAAGAGAAUGAGAGAGAGAAUGGACAUCAUUGAGAGCGAGAGGAAACAGUGGGGAGACACCAUUCAAAAACUCAAGAAAGAAAGGCUUCAAGCUGCAAUGACAACAAGAAAGAAGUUGGAAGAGGUUAAAGUAGAAGAAGUACACGAGUUGACAGCUACUGAGGAAGAAGAAAAAUGCCAUGUCUGUUCACAGUGUAAAUUUUCCAGCAAGAGCGUGAUAAAAAAAUAGAGGAAUGUG